AUGUCCGACGAUGCGCAAGGUCAUCAUUCUUGGAACAGACUGCGAGUUGUUCUACUACAACUAUUGCUCCUGGAAACUGUCACAAUCCUUCAUCUGGAGUCACCGGAGAGAAUAGACGAGAAUUGGUGGGCCGGUUGGGAUGACAUGAUGGCCAGCUACUAUUUCCGUGACGACCCUGUCGCCUUCUACACGCGGAUUCUUGACCCCAAGUACCCGCCUUACGAGAUCAACCCGGAGAACUACCUGAAAGUUGAGCGAGCCCACCGAAGAAGGCUGGUGGCGGAGCAACCCGACUAG